CCGGGAGAGUUCAGAAACCAUGCCAAGAUCUUUCCUGGUUAAAAAGGUCAAACUUGACGAUUUCUCCUCGGCGGAUCUCGAGAACUCCUACGGCAGGUCGCGGACGGACUUCAGCUCCCGGAUCCAUGACAAGGGAGGCUACAUCAGCGAGUACAUCUCCCCGUCGUCGGUGUACGAGGGCGAGAGCGACGGCGGGCUCAAGGUCCCUUCGCCGACGGGCGUCAUCUACCCCGGCAGCCACGGCGACUACGGCGCGCCCGACUCGGACCCGCCGGACAGCCCCCACUCGGAGUUGGCCGGCGGCUACAUCAACGGCGACGCGGCGGUGAGCGAGGGCUACGCCGUCGAUGCUUUCUUCAUCACCGACGGCCGCUCGCGCCGCAAGGCGGCGGUGGUGGGCGGCGGGCGGCGGCGGGCGGCGGGCUCCCGGCUGGGCCAAGCUCCGCAGCAAUCCGGCCCGCAGGGCGGCCCUCCUCUUGCUCCGCAGCAGCAGCAGCAGCAGCGGCACACGUGCAGCGAGUGCGGCAAGACGUACGCCACGUCGUCCAACCUGAGCCGCCACAAGCAGACGCACCGCAGCCUGGACAGCAAGAUGGCCAAGAAGUGUCCGACGUGCGGGAAGGUGUACGUGUCCAUGCCGGCCAUGGCCAUGCACCUCCUGACGCACGACCUCAAGCACAAGUGCGACGUGUGCGGCAAGGCCUUCAGCCGGCCCUGGUUGCUGCAGGGCCACAUGCGCUCGCACACGGGCGAGAAGCCCUUCGGCUGCGCCCACUGCGGCAAGGCCUUCGCCGACCGCUCCAACCUGCGCGCCCACAUGCAGACUCACUCCGCCUUCAAGCACUUCAAGUGCAAACGCUGCAACAAGACCUUCGCCCUCAAGUCCUACCUGAACAAGCACUACGAGUCCGCCUGCUUCAAGGGCGCCGUCCCGCCCCCGCUCAGCCCCCUCGACGCCUGAACCCGCCCCCGGGAGGGGGGGAGAGGCCACGCCGAGGGCCCCCUCCUCCUCCCGCGCCCGCGCCCUCCCUCCCUGUCUCUUCCUCCUCCGCCUCCUCCGGGCUUUCCAAAAG